UCUGACACCCUCCCACCCCCUGUCUGUAUUGGGUGCAUUCCUGUGCCACUCACUCGGACCCCUCCCUGUGUCUCCCCUCUGCCAGGGGCCGGUGUAACCCCUCAGGUGCCAGACAACUAAAACUCACGCAGACUCUAGUACUUAGCCUACUGCCUUGUUGCUAGGGUCAGUGACCUUGGUAACCUGAAAAUUCUACCAUGAGAUCUCUAGUCACAUUUUUAUAUCACACACUCCUCCCUUCUGUCAGCCUGCCAAACCACUGUGUUGUUGCUAGGGGUUGUUAGACCAUAGCAACCAAAGCAGUAUCCCAAUACCAGACUGAAGGCCACAAGGCAAUGUGUGGAACAAUGCAGGAAGCGCAUGGAAUAUCAAAUAAAGCCCAACCCUGCCUAUUACAUGAUUACUAGUAGUGUUGGCCCCCCGCAUGACAGGGCCCCUGUAAGAAUUGUUAAGUAUUCAGGUGGGGGUGGGACGCUGGGAGUUGUAGUUGCACUUGAUGGUGUAGGAAUAACAUUAACCGUUACUAACACCAAUUGGGCCCAGACCCUGUCAGCACCGAGUGCUUGAGCCCGACUCCCCAGCUGCCACACACGCCGGUUAUUGGAAGCUCCUCCUCCCGGAGCGCCGGACUAUAUAGCUGGCGCGCUGCAUUGUGGGAAAUGUAGUUUCAGGACGUUCCCAGCCGCGCAGAGUGAUGGUACCGGAACUACAUUUCCCAGGAGCGCACGUUUCCCAGGCAGCGGCAGAAUAGGGAGCGCGGUACCGACUUCCUUUGUCUUUUCCCGGAGCCCCUCCCUUCCUGGGGCGGAGUCACUCGGGGUGAGUGAGAGGCGGAGACCUACCCUACCUACUCUCACCAUGGCCGGGCCGCUGGCCCCUCUACAGGUGGCGCCGACGUUCGAUGACGUUGCGGUUUAUUUCUCGUGGAGCGAGUGGGAAAGCCUGAGCCCCUCCCAGAGGGACAUGUACAAGAGCGUCAUGGCGGAGAACUACGAAUGCGUGCUUUCCCUGGGUUAUCCAAUCGGAAAGCCAGAAAUUGUAUCAAAGAUCGAGGCGGGAGAAGAUCUGUGGUCGAGGAGCGAUGCCCGUCCCGAACGCAAGGAGAAGGACGGUGAAACGCCCAAGGAUUCUGAUUGGGCAGCAGAGGACUAUAAGGAGGUGCUGUACCUCGGUACUUUGGCCGCAGUAAAGUCGGAGCCGGUGGAGGAGCCUGUGGUGGAGGGAAGCAACUCGGCCAAGAAGAGCCACAUCUGCAGCCAUUGCGGCAAGCUGUUUAGCUGCUAUGCAGCCGCGGCCCGGCACCAAAGGAUGCACAGACUGCAGAAGGCGCAUCAGUGUCCCCACUGCAAAAAGGGCUUCGUGCAGAAGUCGGAUCUCAUUAAGCACCAUAGGACCCACACCGGAGAGAGGCCGUAUCAGUGCGCAGAGUGCCAGAAGAAUUUCACCGAGCGCUCGGCCCUCGUCAACCACCAGAGGACGCAUACGGGCGAGAGACCUUACAGGUGCCCGGACUGUCUGAAAAGCUUUAAUCAGAGAUCGGCGCUAACCAAGCACCGCCGGACGCACACAGGGGAGAGGCCGUAUCACUGCUCGGUGUGUGCCAAGAGCUUCAUCCAGAACUCGGACCUGGUGAAACACGUAAGGACGCACACCGGGGAGAAACCGUACGAAUGCCCUCUGUGCGGCAAAAGGUUUGCCGAGAGCUCGGCUUUGAUGAAGCACAAGAGGACGCACAAUGCCCAAAGACCCUUUAGGUGCUCCGAGUGCAGCAGAAGUUUCGCCCAAAAUUCUGAUCUCGCCGCGCAUAUGAGAAAACAUACAGAGUCCCAAAACGUUCCAGAUCCAGACUCGGUAGUCGGAACUGGCCCAUUAAGCUCCCAGAAUGAGGUGAUAACAGCUGCAGAGAGUCCGUUCUCCUGUGCCAAAUGCAGGAAGACAUUCAAGCAGUGGACAUCUUUGCUCAACCACCAGCAGGCGCACUGCGGGGAGAAACCCUAUCUGUGCUCCUACUGCAACAAAGGCUUCGUUCAGAACUCCGACUUGGUGAAGCACUUGCGCACCCACACCGGGGAGAGGCCGUAUCAGUGUGCCGACUGCCACAAAGGCUUCAUCCAGAAAUCUGACCUCGUCAAACACUUAAGAACUCACACAGGGGAGAAACCCUUCAAAUGCACCCACUGCGACAAAAAAUUCACAGAGAAAUCCGCUCUGGCUAAGCAUCAAAGGACUCACACUGGGGAGAAACCAUACAAGUGCAGCACCUGCGAGAAAGCCUUCACUCAACGCUCAAACCUCAUCUUGCACCAGAGGAUCCACACCGGCGAGCGGCCUUAUAAAUGCACCACGUGUCUCCGAAGUUUCAUCCAGAACUCUGACUUGGUGAAGCAUCAGAAGGUGCACACAAGGUCGUCGCUCUCCGAUCCUCGUGCCCCAGCCGUGACUUCCCCUUACCAGUGUUCUGAAUGCGACCGGACUUUUAGCCACUGGUCGACCUUUAUGAAGCACUCAAAGCUGCACAGUGGAGAGAAGUUCCAGUGCAUGGAGUGCAAAAAAGGCUUCGUACAGAAGUCUGAUUUGGUGAAGCACCUCCGCGUCCACACCGGAGAGAAACCGUUCAAAUGCCUCGUGUGUAAGAAAAGCUUCUCCCAGAAAUCCGACCUGCACAAACACUGGAGAAUUCACACUGGGGAGAAGCCGUUCCCGUGUCACACGUGCGACAAAAGCUUCACCGAAAGAUCGGCUCUCAUUAAACACCACAGGACCCACACCGGGGAGCGGCCGCACAAGUGCAGUGUCUGCGAGAAAGGCUUCAUCCAGAAAUCUGCGCUCACCAAGCACAUGAGGAGCCACACGGGAGAGAAACCAUACGCCUGCGCCCAGUGCGGCAAGAGUUUCAUCCAGAACUCCGACUUGGUGAAGCACCAGAGAAUCCACACGGGGGAGAAACCAUAUCACUGUACCGAAUGUAACAAGUGCUUUACCGAAGGGUCGUCGCUGGUGAAGCACCGGCGUACCCACUCAGGGGAGAAACCAUAUCCGUGCACACAGUGUGAAAAAACCUUCACCCAAAGCUCAGACCUUGUUAAACACACCAUGGUCCACAAUGGAGACACCCCACCGGCCGCCACGGCGUUCCAUGAAAUCCUCAUAAAACAGGAGACUGGGAGCGAAGGGCUGAGGAGUCGGCUGGUUUCCUAUCCGUGUCCGGAGUGUGACAAGGUCUUCUGCCAGAGACCCGCCCUGGUCAAACACCAGAGAACUCACAAGGCAGAGAAACGAUAUCCGUGCAACGAGUGCGACAAGAGUUUCUUCCAGACGUCCGACUUGGUUAAACACCUGCGAACCCACACGGGGGAACGGCCGUACCACUGUUCCGAGUGCAACAAGGGUUUCAUCCAGAAUUCGGACCUGGUGAAGCACCAGAGGACCCACACAGGCGAGAGGCCCUACACUUGUGCCGAAUGCAACAAAGGCUUCGUGCAGAGAUCCGCCCUGACCAAACACAUGCGAACUCACACCGGGGAGAAACCAUAUAAGUGCGAGCAGUGCCAGAAGUGUUUUAUUCAGAACUCGGAUCUGGUCAAGCACCAAAGGAUCCACACCGGGGAGAAACCGUACCACUGCCCUGACUGUGGCAAACGCUUCACCGAAGGCUCCUCCCUUAUUAAGCACCAAAGGAUUCACAGCAGAAUCAAACCGUAUCCGUGCAACGUGUGCGGCAAAAGCUUCAGCCAAAGCUGCAACCUCCUCAAACACUUGAAAUGCCACAGUGAACAGAACCCUCCUGUUGUUCUUGGCUCCGGACCGGGCCUUGUAUCGAAGACUCAGCCUGACCCGCCGGAUAAUAUGGUUUAUGGUGAUACGGCCGAGAACACUAAUUACGUUUCGCCCGAGGCCGCCAGGGAGAGGUUGUUUAAAUGCAACGACUGCGGCAAAUGUUUUGCCCACAGGUCGGUACUUAUCAAGCACAUUCGGAUCCACACGGGGGAGCGGCCGUACAAGUGCACCCAGUGCGCCCGAAGCUUCAUCCAGAAGUCGGACCUCGUCAAGCAUUAUCGCACCCACACCGGGGAGAGGCCGUACAAGUGCGGGCUGUGCGAGAGGAGCUUUGUGGAAAAGUCGGCCCUUUCCAGGCACCAGAGAGUUCACAAUAACAAGAGCCCAGUUCCGGAUUCUGCCGCGGAACAGCACCAGGUUACGUACUGGGGAGAGUCUGAAGAUGAUCCGAAGAGUCUGGUUCCGCAGCUCCAUGUUGUUAAAGAAGAAGAUCCACGUGUAAUGUACGGCCCCCUUAGUCUUCUCCAGAGCUGCUGCCCUCCUGCGAUAAAGGCCAAGCUAACCCCGCCAUACAUGUGCUCGGAGUGCGGGAAGUCCUUCACUCACAGGUCCGUCUUCCUGAAACACUGGCGGUCGCACACGGGGGAACAACCCUACACGUGCAAGGAGUGCGGCAAGGGCUUCAGUCAGAGUUCUGCCCUGGUGAAACACGUGCGGAUACACACCGGGGAGAGGCCCUACGCCUGUCCCACCUGUGGGAAGAGCUUCAUCCAGAACUCGGACCUGGCCAAACACCAGCGGAUCCACACAGGAGAGAAGCCGUACAGAUGCACCACGUGCGGCAAGAAAUUCAUCGACCGCUCGUCCGUGGUCAAGCACUCGAGAACCCACACGGGGGAGAGGCCGUAUCCGUGCAAGGAGUGUGGCAAAGGCUUUGUCCAGAGGUCGGAUCUGGUGAAACACACGAGGACUCACACAGGGGAGAAACCCUAUGCGUGCAACGGGUGUGAGCGCAGCUUUAGCACCCACUCCGCCUCCGUCCGGCACCAGCGCUUGUGCAACAUGGGCCGACCCUGUCGGUAUCAGAACAGCUUGUUCUAUAGCGCGGAUAUCACUUGGCAGGAACAGUAUGCGGAGCUGGUCCAAGUACCAAUGAACUCAGAGGAACCAAUGAACGCAAUUGGUUGGAUUUCUGAAGUCGUUCUGUGAAUAAACCUGUUUCAGUACGUUG